AUGCAAGACGUUCACGCUUCGAUCACCGCGCUGUCCAAUGCGACGAUGUUGGCGGCGGAUACCCCGGGCCUCCACGCGUGGCUGACGAUGGAGGAGCUCGUCACCAAGUACCAAGCGCGGAGUUUGUACGUGCGCGCGAUGGCACUCAAGCGCGUGGCGUGCCACAAGGCGGUGCGCUUCGUCUUCAAAUCCAACGCCGGCCCUGUGCUAGCCUCCGAGGCCCAGUACGCGGCCAAGCAGGAAGACAUCCAGAACGUGCUCGCGGCGCUGCGAUCGAUUUUGGUCAAAGUCCGACGGAUUACGUCGCUGCUCUACGAGAUGGCCGAGCUCUGGCGCGACAUCAAGCGCACCGAGGUGAGCGCCCUCUUCGAAGACGCCCGCAUGGACAUCGUCGUCGCGGCUACGUCCAUGGAAACCGCGUUUAUCGCGUGCAGCGUGCGGCUUCACGCCACCGUCGUCCAGCCGCUCGAGAACAAAGUGCGCAAGCUCGAAGAAGUCGAGGUCUUUAUGGCCGUGCGAGAGCAAAUCAAGGUCACACUCGACUCGGCCCAGCGCAAGCUCAACAAAGCAAAAACCAAGGCCUCCAUCCAGCUCAUCCAGGAGCGAACACUCGAGCAUAAACAGGCCAAGGACGACCUACUGGCCACAACGCAGUGCCUGCACACGAUCUUCACGUGGCUCGAUGCCAUGCGCAGCCAGCUCACGAAGUCCGAAGUCGACGACCUCUUGCGCGCAAUGGAGCACCUCUUUGUGCAGAGCGCGGCCGUGUGGCGCUGGUCGCCGCAGACCCCACCCUAG